CACAUCCCUUCGCUGACGUUACACCACGCUCUACCUUUUCCCUUCUCUUCCAACUUUUAGAUCUUGCUUCCGCAGAACGCAACAACAAUGGCGAAACCAAAGCCAUCGAAAGUCAGCAAGGUGAAAGCGAAGAAGGCCUCAAACGGGAAGAAGAACGUCAAGACUACGAAGGCGCUCGCCGCGAAAGAACCGGACGUCCUGCAGUUGACUGCUGAAACAGACGGUGCGAAGAAACCGCGCGGGCUGCUCGAUUUGCCCCCGGAGAUCUGGUCGAAGAUUUGCAAGCUUGCAGUCAAAGAUGACAGCCCUGUACUGCUGAAACCGGGCUCUCCUCACUAUGAAAACCCCACCGUCGUGCGCCAGCCGGGCAUUACACGCGUGUGCCGUCGCAUCAGAGAGGAGUGUCUUCCGGAGUUCUACCGCGUGAACCAUUUCGUGCGCAUGCCCCACCUCUACCCGGACCAAUUUCACCGUUCAGUCGGAGUUGGUCUCGUAGCAAGCUUCAACGCGCUUUUCUCGAUUGAAUACUACAGCAUGGAACGCUGGAGCAGGAAGACGGGCGCAGAGGUGUCCCAGCUGUAUAAUCUUGCUAUUUCGCGUGCAGUGCGGUCGGAGCUAGACAUGACCGCGGAGAAAGGAACUGCGCCUCUCUCGGCGAAGACGAGGAGGAUCCUUGAUCGCGGGAUGUCGUGCUGGCGGCCUAGAGUCUGGAAAGCUUCCAAGAAACUUGAAUGGGAUAGAUGGACAUCUGCAGGCCCGCGGCUUGGAAAGGUCAGGCCGUGAUGCGCAUCGGAGGAAGGACUGCGUACAGAAAAGAUGAUCUGGGGAUACGGAAACGUGUGGGUGUGAAUCAGCGCCGAGGCUAUGCAUCAAGACCGGAGUGCUACUUAGCAGGGGAUGAAUGGAUCAUGCUGUCCAGAAUAGGUGACUUCGAAGAUCACGCUGUAUCCAUCUGGUCACCACCUUCU